UGGAUGCAAAUGGAGGUCCUGGUCACGAUUUAGAGACAAGAAGAAAACAAAAGCUAAAGAUACCGGAUAUCUCUUCCUUCAAGAUCCACGUAGAGGCAGCUGAUAAAAUGGCUUCACAAAACUGCAGCAUUAACUUUUCACACGUUCAGACCACCUACCUGGCUCCAGUUUAUGGAGUGGAAUUUGUACUGGCUGUGCUUGGGAAUAGUUUUGCCAUUUGGCUUCUGAAGCCUGGAAGGGGAAAGGAACGCCAUGCUGGCAUGAUCUUCUCCCUUAACCUGGCUGUGAGUGAUCUUUCCUAUGCCUUGACCCUGCCUUUCUUGACAGCCUAUUAUGCAGUGGGCAAAAAUUGGAUUUUUGGACUUGCCUUUUGCAAAGUGGAACGCUUCCUCUUCAACAGCAACCUUUAUGGAAGUAUAUUCUUUAUCACCUGUAUCAGUGCCAACCGCUGUCUUGGUGUGAUGUUUCCUUUCUAUGCAAGGGGUAAAGUGGAGGCUAAGCAUGCUAAAUUUGUCAGCUUGGCUGUGUGGCUGGUAGUAAUUACAAUCUGUUCUCCUGUAUUUGCUUUUUCUACCUUGGAAGUCAAGAAGAACACAGAAUGCAUUGGAACCGCAGUUGAUGAAAAGCUGAGUUUGUACAUUCCAUACAGCCUAUUUCUUGCUGGCUUCGGCUGUGGAAUUCCAUUUAUCAUUACCCUCCUCUCAUACAUUGGUAUUGCCCAUGCUGUAUGUAAAAGCCAUGGACUAGAAUCUCGGGAGAAGAGAAAAGUGAUUACUAUGGUGUGUGUGGUGAUCUCCCUAUACUCCAUCUCUUUUCUGCCCUAUCACAUACUGAGGAACCUCAACCUCCAGAACCGAGUAAUCAAGGGAAAUUGUAAUUGGUCCUCAUAUGUUCACUCUGCUUUUCAAUUAACUAAAGCUCUAGUGGCCUUGAACCCUUGUAUACACCCUUUACUCUAUACAGCAGUGAUGGACAAUGUCAGGUCUAAGUUUGCAUGCUGUCAAAAGAUAACUGAUUUCAAAGAAGAGGAAUCAAUUAGACUCUAAAACAAUUGCUCUUCUCUGCUAGUUAGGAAUAAAUGUAUAACUUGAUGUUUCUCAAAUAAUUCCAUAUGCACUGGUUCAUGAAUGCUAACUGAAGACAAUAAUUGGAGUUGUGCAGUGCUAGCGCUAUAAUUGGACCAGGUGUAACCCAAAGGGAGGAAAGUGGCUCUCAUGAUUCUCAUGGAUCCAUCAGCUGGGAAUCAGAAUGCUCUUGUGUAAAAUGUCAAUCUACAGAAUGUUUGCAACUGCUGACUAGGGUUGGGUUGGACCUAGGGAGUACAAUUCCUUGAGCUGGCCAUGGAAUUGAAAUAACUAUUGAAGAAAUAUCAUUGCCGGAGAGGAGGGAUGAUGAUGAUUACUGAACAUAGUAUUUCCAGGGUAGAAAAGGUAAUUACAAGGACUGCAGCUAGAAUUGACUGACAUUAUUUGUUUUUGUUAAAGUGUAAGAGGGAGACUAAACAUAUUAUUAUGUUCACUGUUUGGUUAACAAUGACUUACCCUUAUUUGGUGCUUACUCAUAGUCUAGUGUGUUGCUUAUUAAUGGCAUUGCACUCAAGUACUAAAAUUAAUUUGCUACUGAAUAAAACUAUACAUUUAACUGUA